AUGGACUAUAAUAGGAUGAACUCCUUCUUAGAGUACCCACUCUGUAACCGGGGACCCAGCGCCUACAGCGCCCACGGCGCCCAUAGCGCCCCAACCUCCUUCCCCCACAGCUCGGCUCCGGCCGUUGACAGCUACGCAGGCGAGGGCCGCUAUGGCGGGGGGCUGCCCAGCCCCGCGCUCCAGCAGAACUACCCCACCCCGCAGCCGCCUUCGGCGCUGGGGGUACCCUUCCCCAGCUCCGCGCCCUCGGGGUACGCCCCGGCGGCCUGCAGCCCCAGCUAUGGGCCUUCUUCUCAGUACUAUCCUCUGGGUCAAUCGGAAGCAGACGGAGGCUAUUUUCAUCCCUCGAGCUACGGGGCUCAGCUAGGGGGCUUGUCCGACGGCUACGGAGCCGGUGGAGCGGGCCCGGGGCCGUACCCUCCGCCGCAGCCCCCUUACGGGAACGAGCAGACGGCGAGCUUUGCACCGGCCUACGCUGAUCUCCUCUCCGAGGACAAGGAAUCGUCCUGCCCGUCAGAACCCAGCACCCCUACGGCCCAGACCUUCGACUGGAUGAAGGUUAAAAGAAACCCACCCAAGACAGCCAAGGUGUCUGAGCUGAGCCUGGGCGCACCCAGCGGCCUCCGCACCAACUUCACCACGCGGCAGCUGACCGAGCUGGAAAAGGAGUUCCAUUUCAACAAGUACCUGAGCCGGGCCCGGAGGGUGGAGAUCGCCGCCACCCUGGAGCUCAAUGAAACGCAGGUCAAGAUCUGGUUCCAGAACCGACGCAUGAAGCAGAAGAAGCGUGAGCGAGAGGGAACCCGGGUGCCUCCAGCCCCCCCAGGCUGCCCCAACGAGGUGGCUGGAGAUGCCUCAGACCAGUCAACAUGCACCUCUCCGGAAGCCUCGCCCAGCUCCAUCACCACCUGA